UCACAGAGAUGGUCCUAACCUAAAGACGCAAUCUUAAAUAAAUCGAAUAAAACAUACACUUAUGUAUAUAUGUCAACUUUGUGGCUCAAGUUCAAAAUAGAGUAGACAGUUGGAACACCAUAACACCUUUAAGGUGUCGAAAAGAAAAAUCUACAAACAAUGAAGAUGGAAGUACCGAAAGGGUUGAGAGAUAUGGUGGAAGAGAAUCAAGCCAAACUUAAAAAGGCAAUAAUCUUUCAUCAAUCAAUUUAUCAAAACCUGCUGAAAGAUGCAAGGAAUGAAGAAUUACGCGUGAAUCUACUUUCAGCAGAGCAAGAAGUCAUAAAAAUUGGUUUAGAACAGAAAGUUAUUCUUCAGAAACUAAGAUUUGAACUCCAGAGUCAGUCCAAGCAAUCACAGAAGAAUAGUGGUAAAUUUCUGCUUGAAGAGAAAAAACAACAGCUUUCUUCGAAUUUGGUACGAUCAAGAAAACAAAAAAUAGCACCUAAAGUAUCACCCAAAGCAUCUUGUUCUGAUGAUUCUAAUGAAGAGUCAGCAACAUCAUCAUCACCAAAAGAUGUUAAUGUUAAUGGAGAAACACCUGAAUUAUUGGCUCAAAUAGAAUUUCUUGUAAAUUUUUCUUUAACUACUCUAGAUCAUUUCAAGGAAAUGCAGAAUAAGAGGGUUGAGAGGAAAAGAAGAACUACAGCAAAUCCAAACUUCAUCUAUGAAGAUCUUCCUUCUAAAAGACGAAAAAACAACAACUACCCUUCUAGUAUAUCUCCACCACAUACAAGGCAGGCUGUGAAAAAGAAAAAUGGAAGAGGUUCCCCACCUAAUGACAAAUCAGAGGAAAAGAAUAAACUAUCGAAACAAGCUUCUUCUGAAUCCAUACCAGAAAUGAUAAGUGAUUCAACUAAUGAAGAGCUGUUUGAGGAAAUAUUAAGUACGAGUUGCAAUAGGUGUAAUAAUGAUGGUGCAGUUCUUCAGUGUGUAAUUUGUUGGGAAGGAUAUCAUGAAAAUUGUGCUGAUUCAACGUUUGUAGGAGCUUCUAAAAGAUGUUUACGCUGCACUAAUAAGAUAAAAGCGAAAAAGAAACCUGAUAUUUUGGAACAAGUUCAACCAGCUCUAGUUGAGAACUCAGAAAAGAUUGUGGAAAAACAGAAUCUCCAAGAGCAAAAUGAAAAUCUAUGUGCCCAAUUGACGCAACUACAAGAUCGACAUUCUCAAUUGAGUAUUUCCCUUAAAAAGCAGAAAGUAAGACAAGAAGAAUUACUUUCAGAUAGGCAAAAUACUGAGGAAAAAAUCAAAUGCAUUUUAAACUUCAUAGAGGUUGUAAAAAAGUCUCCUAUGGCAAUGAAAUGACAAACUAAUUGUUUCAAUUUAUUUUUCAAACUUUUAUUAUAGAUCAUUUUCUAGAUCUGAAGAUUUUGCUUCAAAAUUACAGGUUUCAUUGUUGAUAUAUUUAAAGAUUGUAAAUAAAUGUUCAUUAUAGUUUUAUAAAAUACAAAUUUGAUUAUA